AUGUUCUUCAACAAUCCAAACUGUCCAUUGAAAUCCAUGAAAACUAAACAUGUCAUCUUAAUGAAUCCAUUCCAUAUUGACAGCAAAGAUGAAAAGGAAUUUGAAUUGGCUUGGGUUGAAUGUGCUCAAUUCUUGAAGAAACAAGAUGGUUACAUUCACACCUCUCUUCAUAAGGCACUUGAUAUGGAAAAAUCUCAAUAUCAAUAUAUUAAUUAUGCUCAUUGGGAAUCUCCAGAGAAAUUCCAAAAGGCUAUGACUGAAAUGAGAAAUAUCAGUGAUUGUGUUAAAAAGAUGGCUCAAAUUCCACAUCAAAACUUCCCAUCACUUUACAAGGUGCAUAUUGAAAUGUAA